ACAACAACAAAUUUCGUUCAUUGUUCAUUUAUUUUGAUCUGAAAAUAAUAAUAUAUAAAAUUGAAAACUUUUGUGUAACCUUAUACCUUUCUGGAUACAUUUACAAUUGUUACGAUAAAUUAUAAGAAGUGUACCAAAAAUGAGCAGUGAAAAACUUACCUCGGAGCAAAAAUCCUUCCUAGAAGAAUGUAAUUUAGAAUUUUCUGAAAGAUACACUGAUGCAGACAUUGAAUUCAUGAAAAUAUUCGAUUCAGAAAUACCUCCGCCACCAAUUGUAUCACCCUGGUAUGGUAGACGCAGAUUCAACAAUAGGGAUAGACCAGGAGGAAGCUACAAUAACUACAGAAAUAGGGAUAAUAGUGAAAAUAACAGAGGUAGGGAGUCCAGGGAUCAUUACCAAAGGGAGGAUGGGGAGUAUAGGCAUCCUCAGCAGGAUAGAUACAGACCUUAUUGAAUGAAUAUAUAUUAUUAAUUUUUAAUUAUUAAUAAAUAUCUUAUAUAUUUUAACUUUUAAUUGAUUUUGUGUUCAUAUAAACAUGUUUUUCU